AUGGGGAGUGACUUCAAGGUCAUUGUGGUAGGCGCCGGCCCAAUAGGGCUAUUCACCGCCCAUGCGCUCCAUCGUGCCGAUAUUGACUUUGUGGUACUCGAGCGCAAAGCUACUAUUGUCCAAGAGGAAGGGGCUAGUCUUGUGGUACAUCCGACUACCUUAAGAGUCAUGCACCAACUUGGCCUUUUGGAGUCAUUGCUGGACAUAGGAGUAGAGUUAGAAACUCACAUGUCACUUACCAAAGACGGACAUGUGUUUCAUGAAAGCCCAAGAUAUAGGACAAUUCGAGAGAAUCACGGAUAUGCCCCUCUUGUCUUCGAUCGCUCCGAGCUGGUGAGAACAGUGUACAAUAUGUUACCUGACAUCGAAAAAGAGAAGGUUUUGGCCAACAAGCAGUUGAGCGAUAUCGAGACACGGGAUGACGGGGUAAAAGUGACAUGCGCCGACGGCAGUGUCUAUCACGGUUCAAUAGUGAUAGGCGCAGACGGUGUUCACAGCAAAACCCGACAUUUGAUGCGAGAAAUAGCUUUGAAAGACGAUCCACUGCGGGACUGGGAUCCGGAAGAACCCUUCACAGCAACGUUCCGGCUCUUAUACGGCUCAUUUCCCACACGGUCACCUCCCGGUGAAGGGAACGACACCCAGUCAUCGGGCAAGUCGAUCUCGUAUUUCAGCGGGCCGAGGCGCAGCUGGUUUUUCCUCAGCGAAAAAUUGCCAAAGCCAACCAGCGAGCGAAAUCGUUACACCGAGAAUGACAUUAAUGCCAUCGCUGCCGAGAUUGCAGAUUAUCCAUUGAACCGCACGGUCAAGGUCAAAGAUGUCUGGCCGAACAUGUUAGCCAAAGGCAUGACGGAUCUCCAGGAAGGAAUCGCAAAGCACUGGAGCCUGGGCAGGAUUGUUCUCGUGGGCGAUUCUUGUCAUAAGUUCACAGUUCAUAUGGGACUUGGGUUUAACAAUGGUGUUCAGGAUGUUGUGGUAUUGUGUAACCGUCUACGACAUGCGGUUCAUAGGGCUCCGGGUAGAAACCCAGAUGCAUCCGCUCUUACACAUGUGUUUGAAGACUAUGAAAGGGUUCGAAAGAGCCCGGAAUGCUCACUCGUUGCGGAUUUGACGAACUCGGGAGUCGAGACUCGUAUGUACACUUGGUACAGCGCCCUUCACUGGUUCUUUGCCCGAUAUAUUAUUGUCCAUUCAUUUGUUGAGAGUCUGGGACUUCGAUAUUUGUUUUCACCUGGGUUUCAGAAAGCACAGGUGUUGGACUAUGUUGAGGGAUCGGAGCGGAUAAAUGGGAGAUUGCCUUGGCUACAUCCGAUGAGAGCUUCUGCAUUGUGA